AUGUCCUCCUCCCGACGAAACUCUGGCGGUUUCAGGCUGCAAAGCAUGAUCCAAGCGUUGAAUAAAGAUUCCGAAGAGGGACGACAAACGGCAGGGAAACGGGUGGAGUUCGAUACAAAGACGAGUUCAAGUCGGCCAGAAAAGAGGCCAAAGGAAAUCGAAUCAACGAAUCUAUCGCCACAGGAGUCUAGGGCGGAAGGUGCAAUCGAGUCAAAACGCUUGUCUUCGAGUGGGAAAUAUCAGCACUUUGAUCAAGUUGAUAGAAAUCUGGUGUCUGACAGUAGAAAGAUGGAACGGCUCCCAGUGUUCCUAAAUGAGUUCCCCCAAGGCAAGAGUUUGGCAGAUACUGUCGCUUUUUUGAAUCAAGUGAUGAGAGAUGAAGGGCUGGUUGACAAACAUACGCCGAAAGCAAUUAUCAGUUACCGUAGCGGAGACCCGAGUGGAUACUGUGUUUUGGAUAUGGCAACCGCAGAAUGCCAGAAGAAGAUCUGCUGGCUAAAUGCAAUUCCGUGGUCGAACUCUGGCAUCAUCAAGAUUGGACGCAACUGGACUGGGUGCAUUAAACCGCAAUUCGACUCAUGGGCUAUUUACAGGGCACAGGGUGAUGCAACUAGGGUGCGCCUUUUCCUCCGUGACCCACCGACGAAAGCGAAGAAUGAAAUUUUGUCUUUCUUCAACGCAAAGCUAUCUGAGUAUGGCCUUACUCGCCGUGGUGAAUUUGGAGUACUGAGAUACAGAUAUGAAGGUGCAGGGCCCAACCUUGUUGGUGUGUUGGAGGUUGCGAACGCGGAAGUGAGGGACAAAAUAUUUUGCUUGAAUGGGGUUGGGGGAUGGAGAAAGGAUCCUUCCUAUCGCUUUAAUCUCUUCCCUCACAAGCGCUACACGGGUCCACCCCCGAAAUACCAAUGUUUUGGCGACUUUUUGAAGGAUUAUGAAAGCCGGGCUGGAAGGCUGGAUGGACAAUUCUACGAACCUCCUGCUUCCAAUCCGACGCAAUCGUACAAGAGCAAUGAAUAUCAUGAAUACACGGACAGAAGUUCUGAUAACUUUGUUUAUGGAUCGAAUCAUCGUCGCUGCGCUGAUCGAAGUGACGGGCAUUACCACCGCAACGACAAUAGAGAUUGGAACAACAGUGAUAGGGUGCACCAAGCUCCUGGUCCCCAGCCAAACUGUCGUUUUGCAAGCAACGAGCACGAUGAUGGCCAGAUUCAAAUCUCUAGUGAAGAGAUGGAGGGAUCGACUUAUUCUAAUUUGAAUCAUAGCGUCCAGAACUACGAGCAUUAUGGAAAUGACCGACGAAGCUAUGAUGGUCAGAACAGGCCGCUUUCUUUCAACGCAAAUGACCGCCUCCCACUUGACGAGCACAAUGAAAACGACGAACUCAAGAAAAAAAUUGCAGAGCUACAGGAAUCGAACAACAGCUUGACGCAGAACUUGUCUGAAAAAACUCAAGCAGCAAACUAUUUCCAAUCCAUGCUCACCAUAGUCAAGAACGACCUAUCGGAAACACAAGGCCAACUGAAUAGUGUUCACGCAAGCUGGCAAGAACAAACGAUAGAAAUAGAAAGCAAAGAUGCCCAGAUUGCCGAGUUGCAAGGCUGCAUUAAUGAGCUCAACGCAAAGGUUGGAGAGAGGAAACGGGCACUAAGUGCUCAAUCACAAGCUCUAUUGGAUGAAGCAAUGAGGCGACAAGCAGCUAGUGCAAUCUUGGAUCAGUAUCAAAUCGACAAUAUGAAACAACAGGCCAGGCUCGAUGCUGCAAUUGCGGCAUUGAAAUCAACAGGUCCAAAGAAGGAGGAACAGAAUGAUAGUGGUCACAGUAGUGGAUCGGUCUAA